CCUUUUGUCACACUCAUGACCGUCUCCCUCCCACCCUCAAAUGCAGCUCAGAGUCAGUAUGUGAAGGCAGCUGAAAUUAGUCUGUCAGGAUCUCCUCUGGUCUCUGUGCUGAUCAUGGAUGUUUCUGUCUCCCUCCUGACUUUGCUUUCUCUUCUCUCUCAGUGCACAGCUCUGUGGUGUUACCAGAGCCAGUACUCCUGUGAUGACACAUGCAGAGACCCUAACAACUGGGCAGCUCAGUUUCCCAGCUGUGGAGGAUUACGCCAAUCACCAAUUAACAUUGUCACCAGCAAAGUGCAUGUGAACAGCGCCUUGCCACCCUUCGACUUCAUCGGUCACACCAACACAAUCAACAUUACAGUGGAAAACAAAGGACACUCUGCUCACUUUGUUCUGCCGCAGUCGGUCCGACUGACUGGAGGAGCUCUGCCUGGUCACUACAGAGCCGCUCAGUUUCACUUCCACUGGGGAGGCAAUGGGAGACCAGGAUCAGAGCACACCAUUGAUGGAGAGAGGUUCCCCAUGGAGCUACAUAUAGUUCACAUCAAGGAGCCAUACGGCUCUCUGGCAGAGGCAGAACAUGAUAUGGCAGGUAUAGCUCUGCUUGCCUUCUUGUUUGAGGAAACAACAGAUGAUCACCCUCAUUUGGACACAGUAAUAACUGCUUUGGGCCGAGUAAAAAACAAUGGCAGCAGCACAGUGAUCCCAAACUUUCGACUCAGUGACAUUAUCCCAUCAGCAAAGGAGCUCCACAGUUACUACCGCUAUGUGGGCUCCAUGACAACUCCAGGAUGUGAACAGGCAGUCGCCUGGACGAUGUUUCACAGGACCCUGUCCAUCAGCAGUCGACAGCUGGAUGCAAUAGCUCAGCAGUGUCGAUUCUGGACGGGACAGCCCAUGAUUGACAUCUUCAGACCUACGCAGCCUCUGGACGGCAGGGUUGUGUACCGGUCCAAGGCGAAUGCAGCUCCGACAAGUGUGAUCCACUUGUGGUUCGGCAUUUUCUCAGUUGUGCUCGGGAAAACGGGUCUCAUACACUGACUGAGCACAUGAAAACACCUGAUUUAAGUGACAAAAGCUACUGUAUGUAUAAAGGCAACUUUUACCUGUGUGAUAGUUAACAGUGUGUUGUUUCACUAUGUUUAUGGUUAAUGGUUUGAUUGCUGCAACAGAAAGCGCAAAGUGAAUGUUACUUUUUUGCUGUUGUUGUUUUUCCUCAACUGUGACUUUGUAGGCUACAAGAGGUGGUAUGAAAUCUUCACUUUCUGGUAACACCUUGACACAUUUUGUUUUAGUAUUGGUACAUUUAUUCACACUUAACGCUCACUCACAUUGUACAUUUAUUUAAAAGUAUUAGCCUAAUUUUGCCUAGUGGCUCUGGGGAUGGUAAUGUUGGUCGGUCGGUCCGUCCACCACUUCGGUCCAGACUGAAAGAUCUCGACAAAUAUUGGAUACUUUGGCAUGAAAUUUGGUAAACACAUUCAUGUCCCCCUGAGAAUGAAUUGUAAUAACUUUGGUGAUUCCUUUACUUCUAAUGUAGGGCCAUCAUCAGGUCAAAAUGUCAAUUUGUCCAAUGCUUUGGACAAAUUCCCACUUCCCAUUAGCCUCAACUAUACUUUGUGUUUAGUGCUAACUAGCUAAUGUUAGCAUGCUAACACAGUAAACUAACAUGGUAAACAUUAUACCUGCUAAAUAUCAACAUGUUAAUAUUGUCAUUGUUAGCAUGUUAUCAUGCUGACUUUAGCAUUUAGCUCAAGGUGCUUAAGUACAGCCUAACACAGCUGCUAGCAUGGCUGUAGUCGUGUUGCUUGUGUGUGCAUAUGUGGAUGUGAGGACCUCUUCAAGUAAACAAAUAGUCAAACUGACUCUGUAAUCAUCAUUUUUUAAUGAGUAAACAGUCUGCUGAGCCCAGCUGUGGAUGGCACUCAGUCUCUGUGUAAAUUUUAAUAUCCUGCAGCACAUAAGGAGAAGGGAUCUUUACCUCAGCAGGCCUUUAUGUCAACUUUCCUUAUUUUUGUUGUCAUUAGGAGUCAAUAUUCUAUAUUCGCACAGUAUGGCUUUACAUUAACUCUAAUCUGCUUUUCCUUAAAUGUGUUUUUUAAGAAGUGAUGAAUAAAAAGUAUAGAAUUAGGGGUUUACAAUAAGUGUUUUUUCUUUCUGACAGUUACAAGCUGAAGGAAUUUCCUUUUUCAUUAACUGCUAUUUCUUCUUUACUUGUCAUGUAUAUUGUUCUAUGUACUGUUGUUCAGACAAUUGAACAUAGAAGUAAGAUUAGAUGAUUAAGGCUUUUACCUAACUGUACACUUGUUUAUUGUGGGAAAACCAAAUGAGUUCUAAAUGUGCAUAAAUACCUGUGAUUAUCUGUCUGAGUAACAACUUCUUCUGUAUUCCUGCUUAUGAUAUGACCCUCUUUAAGUGCUUAAUACAUUGCUUUGUAUAUAAUCAACAUUUAUGAAAUUUAAACUGGGGAGAAAUGUGCCGCCAGAUUUACAAGUGAACUCUUGUAGGAUUACCAAUGAGACUUUAAUAUUUUUACAUUAGGAAUGCUCCUUUUGGGCUUUUUAGGGACAAUACCAAUUGUUGAUUUCAUGUCAAUAAAAUCUAAUCAAUUAUUGUUUCUGUUUCUUAAGCA